GUACCUUGAAGACCCAAAUUCUUAGCCUGUAUGCGUAUCGAUAUCCAGUGAAGACGCUUCAGAAAAUCCACGAGCCAUACGCAAAGUUAACCGAGUGGCAAAUUAGACGCGCUAGAGCUCAUGCAAGAGAAUGUGGUCCAGGUUAUUUGGUCGAAAAGUCCCCAUGUCAUCGAGUUCGACUGCCACCAAUAAAGCUUGACCAUUUCUUAGACUUCGCGAACCGCCCCUACUUUUAUCAAGACGUGUCAUUUAGUACGAGGAAACUGAGGCUCAGCAGUGGCGAGAAGAUCACAAUGCCAAAUGUCAUUCGCAAAGUCACAAGGUCAACAAUGGUCAAGCAGUACCUUCAGUUCUGCGAAGAAGAGCAGUUUGAACCACUGAGCCGUUCAACCCUAUUUCGCAUCCUCGAGGUAAGGGAAGCCUCUCAACAGAAGUCCCUUAGCGGCUUGGAUAACACAGCAGCUGAUGGGUCGGCGGGGUUCGUGCGCAACUCCUCCGAAUAGUGGACGAGCUUGAUCAGAUUGGGCUUGCAAAGAACGUGGCAGACGAACUGCGAAGAGCCCUCAGCGAGGGUAAGAGGUACCUCAAAACCCAGUUUCAGAGUCACUGCCAGGAAGAUGAGAGCGAAUGUCCCAACCACUGUCCUA